GGGCUGAUGGGGGAAGAGCGGGAGGUCCGCCACCGGGAAGGAGAAGAACCGGGUCCCGCGGCUCUUGUUGGUUUGGGUUUCUGGCCCGAGGAAAGGCGGGGUCGGAAAAGAGGAACCGAAGCCUCGCUGUAACGAGAGCGGCCGCUUCCUCGGGUCGCGGCGGAAUCCCUCCGGAAAGACCCUCGGACAGGGGGAAAUAAAACCAUUAACGCAGGAAAAGCCUUCGACCGGCGCGAGGGAAGGAGGAAGGUAUCCGAAGGGGAGCUUCACCGGGAAGCAUCCCGGAACCCAACCACGCGGCCUCAGGUUCGUCCCGGCCCAGCGAGGCGCACGGAGCGGAGUUUUGUUCUUCCGUUCCCUCACCAGUCCUUCACUUCCGGACGGGCGGCAGAUGGCCCACGGGAGAAGAACUACUACUGCGCAGGCGUGCGGGAGAAUGGCGCUUACGUUCUCUGGCCUCACCGGAAGCGGCGCCUCGGCAUGCGCUUGCCUACGCCGGAAGUAGGCCGCGCCGCAGCCGGGCCUUCCAUUGUCGGCCCCCGGCCUUCAGUCUUCAUGGUGGGCCCGCUCGGCGGCGGCGGCGGCGGGAGUUUGGAGAACGCCAACCCCCUGGUUUACCGGCGCCAGAGCGAGCGGCCCACUACGGCCCGUGAGCAGGAUGAGGAGCUGCCCGACGCCAUCGACGACCGCGAGAUCUUCGAUCUCAUCCGCGGCAUCCACGACCCCGAGCACCCGCUGACCCUGGAGGAGCUGAACGUGGUGGAGCAGCUCCGUGUGCAGGUGAGCGACCCCGAGAGCGCCGUGUCGGUGGAGUUCACGCCCACGAUCCCGCACUGCAGCAUGGCGACCCUGAUCGGCCUCUCCAUCAAAGUGAAGCUGAUCCGGUCCCUCCCGGAGAGGUUCAAGGUGGAUGUCCACAUAACACCUGGGACACAUGCUUCUGAGCACGCAGUAAACAAGCAACUUGCUGACAAAGAGAGAGUGGCGGCCGCCUUAGAGAACAUGCACUUGCUCCAGGUGGUGAACCAGUGCUUGUCGGGACGAUCUUAGUGUCUCUCUGUGUGUGUGUCUCUGAGAGCAUCUUCAAGGUCUGGUCGAGGCCGGCUUCUUGGUGAAAAAUGGUCUUUUACUUGUCCUCUGUGUACAUUGGAGUAAAAAAAAUGUAGUUCCUUAGCAAAAAUUUAUUCUUUUUCAAGAGUUAGCGAUACAUGUGACUCUGAAAUAUUCUAUUUGAAUAGGGGAAGGUGCUUGUAAUAAUUAACAGAAGCGUUACACCUUCCUAGUCAAAUGGGUCUAUUUUUGAAAAUAGGUAGGAGCCCCCACAACCCGGGAGACAAGCUAUUCCAUUAAUUGUUCUCACUGUCAGUAAAUUUCUCCUAGGUUGGAUCUCCCUUUAACAAGGUUCCACCUAUUACUACUUGUCCUGCCCUCUUCUCUGAGACAGCCCCUCAAGUACCAGAGGACAGUUGUCAUCUCCCCAUAAUUGUGAUGAUGUUUGGUAGGCUAGACGUAUCUCUCUCCCUCAACCACUCAUCGUACAAUCUAGCCUGUUACCAAGUUAAAGGUUUAAAGUGGAUUGAAUACGUUUCUUAUUCACAAGGCCUGUCAUGUUCUUGGAGGCCUUCAGCCUUUUGGGGCUGCCAGGCCAAUCUGGAUUCUGCUAAAUGCCCUGGUGCUGCCAGGCCUGAAGGCCAGCUUGCCCAAAUAUGCAGCCCAAUAAAUCUGAGCAUAGAGCAGAACUGGGGGGAAAGUUCUGAAAACUGCUCCUUGGCAUUAAGAAUUCAGCCACCCUUGUGGCCAAAUUCACAUAACGCUUUGUAAAACACAGCCACUAGAUAACAUGCUCUGGCAAAAGAAAUCUGGUGCAGCUUCACACAAUAGUCUGGAUCUCCGAAUGUGCUAAAGCAUUCACCAUUCUGCCUUCUAGCCUUGUUCAUCUGCACACCCAGCGCUUGCUUCGGCCUCCUUGUUCUUAGGAUCAGCUCCUUCCGCCUUCUUCCCUGCUUACUUGCUUCCCCAUAGGGUUCCCGUGGCUUCCUGCUGCUCUUGCAGCAGCCCUCCCCCACCCUCUCCUUUCUCCUCCCACUCAGGUGGCCCCAUUGUUCCUUCCUGGAGUCUGGAACAACUCAGCCCAUCUGGAUUCUGUUCCAGAGCACCAGUUUAAGAGGGUGGGGCACCCUAGAAAAGUGUGGGGCUAGUGCAGUAAAGGCAAAUAGCACAUGCCCAGAGACCAUCUACAUAUUUGCAAAAUGUGUCAUAUAGGUAUAUAUUUAUACCCAUAGAGAACACAAAUUGUAUCUACAAAAUGUAAACUAACUGAAAAACUUGAAGCAAUUAAAGAUCUAGAGAAAAAAGCAAAGUGUCUAGAGACAGGUAUAGCUACUUAGAGAUUCAAACAACAACAUGAGAAACCCCAAUUAAAGGAAGAAGCUUGCAACCACAAUAAGGAACAAUUAACACAGAAAAUGAACCCAUAGAGAUAGACAGAUGGCAAACCUGUCACUUAUAGAAAGUGUGGGGGGGACGGACAUGACCCAGUUCAGUCUAGUCCAGGCCUGCUUAGAGUGAAACACCUCCCCUUGGAAGAAAGCGAGCAAACACCUAGAGAAGGGACAUCAUUAAGUGUACCGAUUAUAGAAAAAAGAGGUCAGACUUUGUUAAGAAAAAAUAAGGCAUGCAUUGGUGAUAGGAGACGCCGUGCUCAGGGAAACUGUACCAGACCAGUCAAUCUAACUAGGAAAGUUUGCUGUCACCCACGAGCGAAGAUCCAUGAUGCAACUGAAAGGCUUACUAAAAUAACUAAGUCCACAGAUGAUUAUCCUUUUCUCCUCUUUCAUGUGUGGAUGAAUGAUAGAACAAAGUCCCUGGAAACAGUAUCAAGAGACUAGGAGCGCCUAGGCAUGAAAGCCAAAGAGAUGGGGACAAUGGUGCUGUUUUCUUCUGUGCUCCCAAUGAAAUGUAAGCAUCCUGUGAGGAAAGGCAGAACUUCUGAAGUAAAUGCCUGGUUGAAGAGAUGGUAUUGAUGUGAGAACUUUCAAUUCUUAGUUCAUGGUCUACAACACCUACAUGAAGGGCUUUUGGCAGGGGAUGGGCUACACCUCACAAUAGUCGGGAAGAACAUUUCUUUGGAAACCAACUGACUCGCCUUAUCCCAAGGUUUUGAAACUAAAACUGGAACUAACUAGACGCUAAUUCCAAGCAUAAAACGCAGGACACUCGACCAAGUGGCAUGACAAAGGGGGAACUGAAAUACAAAACGGGAAAUGUUGGAAGCAAACACAUUGCGGGUCAAAAGGCAGCAGAAAGAAAGUGGAACUGCUUAAUUCAUUCUUUUCAUCAGGUUCUGACAAAAGAAAAAAGUAGCCCAGUCUAUCAAAAGCAGAACUGUAAAAAGUGGACUGGGAAUCCAAGUGAAAAUAGGCAAGAAAAUAUUAAGACAGCACCCAUCCAUCCUAGGCAAAUUCAAAUCAGGACCAAAUGGAUUAGGUCCCAGAAUUCUGAAGAAGCUGACAGACAUGAUCUCAGUAUCUUUCACAGAUCCUGGAAUACCAGGGAACUACCAAAGAACUGAAAAAAUGCUGAUGUGGUUCCCAUCUUCAAAAAGAAAAAACAGAUCCAGGAAACUACAGACCAAUCAGCCUGUGAUUUCAAUACCUGUGAAGAUCCUGGAAAAGAAUCAAGCAAUGGAUCCGUGAAUACCUAGAAGUAAACAAAACUGUUACUAGAAGCCAACAUGGGUUUGUCAAAAUGUCUCAUUUCAUUCUUUGACAAAGUGACUAAAUUAGCGGACCAACAAAAUGCUGUGGACAUAGUAUACUUGGACUUCAGUAAGGCAUUUGAUAAAGUAGGCCACAACCUAUUUCUUGGCAAGAUAGAAAAUGUGGAAUGGACAGUACCACAAGGUGGAUUAACUGGCUGAGAAACCAUACUUCAAUGUAGCUACUUCUGUAUGGAAGGAUGUAUGCAGUGGGGUACUUCAAGAUUUUGUCUUUAAGUCCAGUAUUCUUCAACAUCUUCAUAAAUGAUUUAGAUGAGGGACUAGAAAGGGAACUCAUCUAAUUUGCACAUGACACCAAGCCAGGGGGGAUAGUCAACACUUUAGAAGAUAGGCUUAAGGUCCAGAAAGAUGUUGACAGACAAACAGUGGGCUGUAGCCAACAAAAUGCAAUUCAGUGGUGUGAAAAGUUAAGAUUUUACACUUAAGCAAAAAAAAAUGAAGUGCCCAGGUAUAUAAUAGGUAGUACCUGGCUCAACAACAGGAACUCUAAGGCAGGGUCUCAACCUUGGUCCCUUUAAGACUUGUGGGACUCUGGGAAUUGAAGUCUACAAGUCUUAAAGGGACCAAGGUUGGAGACCCCUGCUCUAAGGGAUGGUGAAAUCCUAGUGGAUGACCACUUAAAAAAUAAGUCAGUAGCGGCCAGUGCAGUCCUAGGCUGCAUCAACAGGGAUCAAAGUCACGUGAAGUGUUAAAUACCUCUAUAUACUAGCUUGGUAAGACCACACUUGGAAUACUGCAUCCAAUUCUGGUCACAAUAUAAAAAAGAUGUUGAGACUCUAGAAAUAGUGCAGACAAGAGCAACAAAGAUGAUUAGGGGGCUGGAGACAAACAUGAACAGUUGUAAUAAAUAAAUCUAGUUUAACAAAGGAUUAGAGGUAACCUACCAGUGUUUCAAUAUUUGAGGGGCUGUCACAAAGAUGAGGGAGGCAAAGUAUUCACCAAGACAAGUAAUGGUUGGAAGAUCAUUAAAGAGAGAUCUGACCUAGAACUAGAGAAAUUUCCAGACAAAUGAGAACAAUUAACCAGUGAAGGGCUCCAGAAGUUGUGGAUGGAAGUUUUUAAGGAGCCAUUUGUCUGAAAUGUUUCAGGGUCUCCUGUAUUCUGUACAUUUCAGCAGCAGAAGCUACCAGCAAGGAAGCGUUCAGAAACGGAAACCCUUUUGAAAGGGGUUCAAUUAAAUCUCAUUUAAUACAUGGUACGAAUCCUUCGUUUCCUGUGUUUGAAAAGAGAACACAUCUGCCAAUAAACUUUCUUUGGAUAA